GAGGGCAGAAAGCUGAAGAUAGACAGAGUGAGAGAAGUAAACUAAAGAAGUGGCUGGAUAGACAUUUUCCGACUGAAGACAAGCUGCUUUUUCGGAGCUCAAGGCAAAUAUCCUACAUGACCUCCGGUUCAUGUUGAGAACAGAGGGGGGAACAGGUGUGGGAUCAGACGGGAGCAAUUCUUCUCCCACUUCAACAUCUUCUAUUUCAUCAUCCGUCCUUUGGACUCCAACAGUCGUUGGUCCCUUCCGAACGCUGCCAUGGAUCGCUCGGUGCAGGAACUUUUCCUCAACUUUAUGAUUGUCUUAAUCACUGUGCUUUUGAUGUGGCUGCUGGUAAAAACAUAUCAGGACUAAGAUGUGGAUCGGAACCAUUCCUCCAAUCUCCUGUUGGAGGAGAUGGGAGAUGUUUUAUGAUGUCUGCAUGGGUUCUGCUGCUAUUUUAGAACACAUGUCACUGAUGUAAUGUGGGAAGAUUGAUGAUUUUGAUGCCGUUACCAUGUCAGAGGUAUACUGUUCUGGAAUUAUAAGAUGACGUGAACCCUUUUAGCACUCAGAUAUGAAAACUUUAAAAGGGAGUCCCAGGAGGGCGGGGAAGCUAAAUGAAAAUUUAGAAAGCACACAUGCAUCUUGUUCCUUCUUUACACUGUGCAAAUCCAUCAUGUGCGUGUUUUCAAAAUAUUUUAUGUCAUCAAUAACCAGAUGACAAUUUAAGCACUCACCCAUGCUUUUAUGUCUCUCUCUGUAUGUCAUACUUUACAGUUGUGUAUUUAGGCUUCUCUUAAAAUAAAUUAAAAAAGUUAUUGCUGACUACUUGCUCAGUAAAUUCACUAUUCGGUUGACUAAGAUGUCUUUAAAGCUAAAGUUUUUGUUCCAGGGUGAUGGUUUUAUGACAGUCUUAUGGUGCCACUUGUUACCAUAUACCAUAACUAGCAAUUGAUGAGACAACUGGAACAUUAACUGAAGAAAUAAUUUACACAGAACCUGAAUUUUGAUUGUUAUUGUUUGUUUGUAUUAUUGAUCGAUUGUGUAUCACAAAAGUGAGUACACCCCUCACAUUUCUGCAGAUAUUUAACUAUAUCUUUCCAUGUCAUCAACACUGACAAAAUUACACUAUGAAAUAAUGAAAAGUAGUCUGUGUGCAGCUUAUAUAAUAGAGUUAAUUUAUUUUCCCCUCAAAAUAUAGCCAUUAAUUUCUAAACCCCUGGCAACAAAAGUGAGUACACGGUACACAAGAAAGCCCGCCCGUCUCAUCAGACCAUAGGACAUGGUUUCAGUAAUCCUUGUGCUUUGUUGACAUGCCUUCAGCAAACUGUUUGCGGGCUUUCUUGUGUAUCGUCUUCAGAAGAGGCUUCCUCCUGGGGUGACAGCCAUGCACACCAAUUUGAUGUUGAGGGUGGCGUAUGUUCUGAGCACUAACAGGCUGACCCCCCACCUCUUCAAUCUCUGCAGCAAUGCUGACAGCACUCCUGUAAUGAGUCAUAUUGCAUUUUAGAGGGAAAAUGACAAGCAGUACUCAAUUUAGACAUUUAGGAAGGUACGUAUUUACUAAGGGGUGUGCUCACUUUUGUUGCCAGGGGUUUAGAUAUUAAUGGCUAUAUUUUGAGUUGAUUUGAGGGGGAAAUAAAUUGACUAUU